CACCUGAGCUGCUUAGAGAAAAACCAUGAGCUCUGAAAACCACCAUAUUGUUCUGUGAUGUCACCUCUGGAAUGUUCUGAGUGUUUUGGUGACCAGCUUAUGCAUAAGACCUAUACCUGGCACCUCACAUUGCACUCGAGGCCAAAUUUUACAAGAAAGAGAGAUACCAGAUCUGAGAGCCUAGAAAUCCCAAUCAAUGUGAUUCUACCUCAGAGGGGCACCGAGCCCUUCCUGAGGCUCCACAACCUGUACAGCACUCCUCGCUGCUCCAGGCAGGCUGCCUUACCUCGGAUGAGCCGCAGGGUAGCCAGCCAGCACUCCUACCCACUCAACCGCUUCUCUUCGAUGCCUUUUGACCCCAUGGAGCGCCCCACCUCCCAGGCCGACCUGGAACUAGACUACAACCCUCCUCGGGUGCAGCUCAGCGAUGAGAUGUUUGUCUUCCAGGAUGGGCGCUGGGUGAAUGAGAACUGCCGCCUACAACCACCUUACUUCUCUCCCCCCUCCUCUUUCCACCAUAAGCUGCACCACAGGAGGCUGGCCAAGGAGUACCAGCUGCAGGAAGAGAACAAGUCUCUUCGGGAUGAGAACCGGGCCCUAAGGGAUGAGAACAAGGCCCUUCGCAAGGAGAACAAGAUCCUACAGGUCUUUUGGGAAGAGCACAAGGUCACUUUGGGCCACGAGGAGAGCCGGACCUCCUCAUUGUUGCACAAGGACACAGCCUCCCAGGAAGUCGUGAAGAAAGACACCACCACCCUGCCUGCCCAGCGUAGCAAGGAGAGCACCCUACAGCUCAUUCGAGAGGAGAACCGGGCCCUACAGCAGUUGCUGGAGCAGAGGCAGGCCUACUGGGCCCAGGCAGAAGAGAGUCCAGCUUCCACUGAAGAAGGCAAGUCCACCUCCUCACCCAAGGAGGAGUCCCAUACCUCAGGGCUUCUGCCAGACCAGAGCCCAAACCACUCCUCCCCCUUUGAGGACCCCAAAGGGCCCCCCACAACACAGGAGGACUCGAAGACACUGCGUGCCCUGAGGGAGAUGGUUAACAAUUUGUCUGGGGCAUCUGGGGAAGAGGAUGGCAAAGUAGGCCCUAACCUACCCAACAGCGCUCAGCCCCUGCAACUGCUGCGAGAGAUGAACCAGGUGCUGCAGGACCUGCGGGAGGAGAACGGGCUGUUGCAGGAGGAGAACAGGGCUCUGCACGUCCUGCGGGAGGAGCACCGCGUCUUCCAGGAGGAGAACAAGGCCCUGUGGGAGAACAACAAGCUGAAGCUGCAGCAGCGGCUGGUCAUCGACACGGUGACUGAGGUCACAGCCCGGAUGGAGAUGCUUAUCGAAGAGCUGUAUGCCUUCAUGCCAGCCAAGAACAACAAAGAUCCCAAAAAGCCCAGCAGGGUCUGAGGCCUUGGCAGCAGACAUAGACACCAAGACCAGGCCAGAGAGAAUCCUCAACCUUCCUUUGUCUUCCUUACACUGCCCAGCUGCGCGUGCCCGUGGGACAACGGAGAAAGGACCAUCCUACACCUGAGACACAAUAAAGGCAGAGGAGGCUGGGGCCAGCCAACACCACCGUGGAAUUAUGGCUUCUUCUCCCUCUUCCUUCUUACUCUUU